AUGAAUUUCAAAAGCAAUCUGUGCACAACUUCAGUCUGUUGUCAUGGAAAUAACCACAAUUCGACCAAAUAUCCAGAAUCAUUGAGAAUUCAAGACUUAAAGCAAUUAUGGCAACAGGGAGCAGCAUAAAAACAGAUUGGUAUCAAACGGAGGUAGCUGUUGUUAUAACAAUACUAGUCAAAAAUUUGAAGGAUGAAGAUGUUAAAAUUACUUUUGGGGAAAGUGUGUUGGAAGUGGAAUUGCAAGUAAAUGGAAUGAAAGAAUGUCUUACAUACCAAUUGGCCCAUCAUGUUGACCCUAGCGCUGGAAGCUACAAAAUUAUGUCAACAAAGGUUGAAAUUAAACUGAAGAAAAUUGAUGGAAUCCGUUGGGCUAAGCUUGAGGGAGAUCCAACAGUUGACACACCCAAGACAAUUGCAAUAAAUAAUGACUUUGAUAAACCACCAGCGUAUCCUACAUCAAAAGGAACUAACUGGACUGCAAUUGAGAAGGAACUUGAUGAGCAGGAAGCGAAGGAGAAGCCUGAGGGAGAGGAAGCCCUGAACAAAUUGUUCCAAGAAAUAUAUGGAAAAGGAAGUGAUGAGGUUAAGAAAGCCAUGAAUAAGAGCUUUAUGGAAUCGGGUGGAACUGUCUUGAGCACAAACUGGAGUGAAAUCGGUUCAAAGAAAGUUGAAGUUAAACCGCCGGAUGGUACUGAAUUCAAGAAAUGGGAUUAAGCACGCGUCUUCAAAUUUUUUUUUUUACCAACACUUAAGAUAAAUAAAGAAUU